AAGUUCGGACAGCAAAAUAUUGAAAAAAAUAUUAUCUAAGAAGCCUAACAAUAGAUAUCACAGCAAUAACAGAUGAGACCUCGGUUGAAUCUGUUUUUUCUUUGUCCUGGUGGUCACGACAGUGUCUGUAAACAUGUAGCUGCUUGUUUGUCUUUUGUUCACGACUGUCUGUAUUCCUCAUCAGGUCCAACGGACAGGCUUUGGUAUUAAUUUACCCGAAGUUUUGCGACAACCACUCAAAUACUUUCAAGGCUUUCCACGCAAAACCCAUGCGCCGUGUGCAAAGAGGUCUAUAGGGAAAAUUAUGAAAUUUCAUGCCCGUUUCUAUGCUUUCCCUCGCAACGUGAUCCUGGAUACUUGAAUCAUCCUUUCGUUUUAAAAACACCACUUGUCCUCUCGGUCACAUUUGCCAGUUUUAGCCAACACAUUUGAUGCAAAAUCUGUUUUUUUCUUCUCUAAUUUGAUUGACGGUUUCACUUCAAUCAUAUGCACACUUUUUUUUCAUAUUUUUUGCUUCUUUUCUUAGGAAACAUAUGCAUUAUUCUAAUAUUUGGUUUAUGUUUUUGGUCGUCACUUUGAUCUCGCGGACUGCUAAUGGAGUCUGUAAGCAACAACCGGAAUGCGGACGAACAACACCAAAGAAUAUUAAGUUUUCUGGUCUUAUAACUGGGCCGAGAUAUUAUUCGCAUCCAGGACCACUAACUUUGACCUGUAAUGCAUCUGGUGAUAUACAAGAGAUGUACUGGGAACGAACUGAUGUUAAUGGUAGUGUGCGACAAUUGAAUUACACAACAUUUGGGAAAGUUUCGUCCUUUUGGAUUGCAACAUUAGACAACUAUUUAUCCACCAACGAUCCUAGGUUUAGUUUCAUCUGCGUAGCUCUGGAUAUUUGCUGUAAUAAGCAGAUAACAGAACGAUCCAAAACUAUAGAACUAAGGAAAACUAAAGCUACUCCAAGCAAAUGCAUUAAAGAUAUUUUGAUUAUUGUUGAUAAUACAGCUUUUCUUCAACACAUAAACUUUAUGUACUGUAAAGUCUUUCUUCAUGUACUUGUCGACAAUCUUCAACUGAAUGUCUCACCAGAAGGAAGCCAUAUUUCAAUCAUGGCGUUUAGUGACAAGGGAUAUACUGAAGUACUAUUAUCAAUGAAAAGUCGGAAUAAAACGGAUUUGGUAAGCAGAAUCAUCGGGCUCCGCCAUCCCUUUUGGACAAGUCAUCAUCUAAAAAGAACAGAUGUAGCCUUACUAAAAGCAAAUGAGAUAUUCAAGAGAAAUAAUUCACUAAAUCAUCGAGAAGAUAAAGACGAUGUCAUAAUCCUGCUCACUGAUGGGCCACCAACGACAAGGUCGUCAGAAGUUGAAGAACCGCACGACAUCGCCAUAGCUGAAGCAAAAAAACUGAGAGACAAAGGCAUAAUCAUUGUUGGGAUUGCUGUUGGUAACCGUCAACAAAAAGUUAGAACGGUGCCAUUCUUGACAAAUAUAUCAACAGCUGGUCAAACGCUUACAUCAUCAUUUGAUGAUUUGGGUCUGUUGGACGACAGAAUUGUCUACGCUUUCUGUCCCCGACCUCCUCUUGGACCAAGUGAACCUAGAAACUUCUCCGUCGUGGUACAUGGAAAAAGUUUAACACUUUCAUGGCUGAAGCCAGAAAUUGCUGCUAAUAAUAUUGUCGAUCAUUAUAUAGUAUCCUGGGGGACAAAUCAGAGUGACUUAUUGUUCCAAAAACCAGUUGAGUCAAGUCCUUUUUUAUGUGAUUUUGAAAAACCUGGAUUAUACAAUUUUAAAGUGCAAGGUGUUGAUAAGAAUGGUAUCAGUGGUGAAGCCGUCUAUCUUUACAACGUAACAAUCGAGGGACGGAAGGGUGUUCCAACAAAGAGUGCAGAGAAUCCACGAGUUGUUUCAACGGACAAUGCCGUGGGUGGUCAAAACAUCUCAACGGCCAUUAUUGGGGCGGUAGCAGGAUCUGGUGUGUUUAUUUGCCUUGCUGCGUUUUCCCUUUUUUUUAUAGUAAAGAAAAUUCAGAAUAGACGCAAAAAUAAUUCGAUCAAGGAAUUUGAAUCCUGGAUCGCAAAUUCCCGAAAUGAUACAUUGCUUGAGCUGGAACAGUUGAACGAAGAAAGCGAGCUCCAGCCAGAAGAGAUCUCAUAUGUAACCUUAUUAAAAGACUGGGAAAUUUCGCCAAACCAACUGCACAUAAUGGAAAAAACACUCGGGGCUGGACAAUUUGGAAUCGUUAAACAAGCUUCAUAUACGGCUCCGGGCACGAUAAUGCUGAGCUUGUUGCUGUCAAAAUGUUGAAAGAUACUGCGAAGAAAUCUGAUAUAUCUGAUCUUUUGGCUGAGUUGGAGAUCUUAAAAAAGAUUAACAAAGAACCUCAU